CUGUCAUCGAGUUGGUUGUGUUGUCAAUAGCUUGAGCAUUCAAAGUACUCCUACUACACAUAGCUAAAUUCUAAAAGUGAUUCUCGGCCGCCAUGCCCACCUUGAAGCUGCGAAUCGGUCUGCCCUCGAGGCGGACCCUGGGGAGCAUCUGCAUCUGCGGGGCACUGGCCUCGAUCUCGGGACUGGCCUACAUGCGCUGGAGGCUGGAGGACCGGGUGCGCCAGUCGGAGUGCUACCAGCUGGCCAUCCAGCAGCUCCGCCAGCACAGCGGAGCCGUGGGUCUGCUGGGCGAGCCCAUCAAGGAGUCCGGCAUCAGCCUCUCCAACGAGAAGAACCGCUGCGACGCGGAGAAGGCUCAGAUGCAGGUGGCCGUGCAGGGGCCCAAGGACAAGGGCACCGUCUACUUCUGGGCCUCGAACAGCCAGCAGCAGGGCUGGCUGAUCGACCGCCUGGAGCUCGAGACGAAUCAGCACCCGAACACCCGCUUCCUGCUCAAGAAGCCCCAGAACUUCGCCCUGAUGAGCAACGAGGGUGAACCGGAGCCGCCGGGUGCGGAAGCGGCCGACGAGUCCUCAGCGGAACCCCAACCGCCGAAGGAGGCGCCCAAGUCGCAGAAGCAAGCUUUAGGCGGGGAGCAGGAGCCGGCGGCCCAUCCCGCCCCCAGUAUUCAGAACAAUCCCCCGCAGCAACUGCGCCAGCAGUUGAGUCAGGAGCCAGGACCCUUCGUCCAUACAGCGGAUGGCGGACGGAUGCAGUAGCACCCAUUUUUUCCAACACCCCUAAGAACACUUAAACACUUUCCAAGUAGUAGGGAGUCAAAUCUUCUCCACUACAGAGGAGCCGUAAUUUUUUGUGGAUUUAGUUCAUUCGGAAUUGUGAAUCCCGGGUUGCGAAAGCAAUAGUAUGAAUCCAACGAAGAGCGUUUAAAGUAAAUUUAAAGUUAAAUUUAAGUGAGCAAAUAAAGGUUUCGAAGAACUGAAUAACCAAAAA